CUGAAUUGGAUUUUAUUCAAUAUAAUAAUAAAUAAAUACGUCAUUCUGUACAGCUAUCGAGCUGAGGAGAGAGAGAGAGAGAGAGAGAGAGGAGAGAGAGUCGUCAAAUCGAGUGGCGAAGGGGUUGGGUGUGUGUGUUGGUGUUCGUAUUUAUGUGGUGGUGGUGGAGGCAGCCAUGAGGGUUUCAUCUGGUACAAAACCAAGCACACAGCCCAAUUCCCAGGGAUAAAUUUAGAGAGAGAGCCUCUCCCGAAGCUCUCAGAUAGGGAGAGAGACAGAGAGACUGCAGGGCUGAGCUCAAAUCCCCAACAAAGAUUUUACCUUUUUUCUAUAUUUGCUCAUUUUUCAAUCUUCUCCUGUUCCCCUUUUCACCUUCUCUCGCCGUCCCGGAUGGAUCCAUUUGAUUUUGUUUCUUCCAUCAUAGAGCUUCGCAAAGGAUUUGGGUAGUGUUAGCUGGAACUUCGCUUAUUUUCUCCAUCAGUCUUCUUAAUGCAUGCUGAAUUUCAAUAAAGAAUGAGCUUUUCAAAGAAGGGCAUCCCAAGUAAUGAGACAAAGUUAAUUGCCGCAAACAGGGCAACAACUUUGAAUCCAAAUGCAGCAGAAUUUGUUCCUUACUCCCUUAGAUCUCCAGCUGGAAGUAGCAGCAGUAUAGAUACAACAGCAAAGCUCCAUACGUCAGGGACAUUAGGGAAAGCAGUGUUAGAUCAUUCAGAGUCGUCUGUUUCAAAUAAUUCUGAUGAAGAGGCGCACCAAUACUGGUGUCAUCAGCUCCCUGAUGAUAUUACUCCUGACUUUAAGGUUAUGGGAGAAGAUGAGUCUCAAGGACUUGGGAGCCUCUCACUAUCUUCGUUAUCCUUAAACGAUGGCAGUGAAACCUCAAGGUUCUCCUCGUCUCUGGGUAGCAGAUAUAUAUCAAAUGAGCAGCAAGAGUUAUCUUCCAAUCAUAUUAAUGGUAACAGCUUCACAGAAAAGUUGGGGUAUUCUGUUUCAUCUUAUGGCGAUAAUUCAUUGUCUGCGAACUUUCUGCACUCACCAUCUAAACCUUGGGAGAAGCAAAUUGUCAACAGUGAUCAGCUUCUAGGAAAUGGUAGAGAGGUACCUCAUUAUAGUGGGAAUUCUAGACAAGGACUCCUAAAUGAUGUGUUCAAUGAGCAUACUAUAGUAGACAACACUAGUGUGAACCCUGUGGAGUUUUUGGUCUCACAAUUCCCAGGAUUUGCUGCUGAAAGUCUUGCAGAGGUGUAUUUUGCCAAUGGAUGUGACUUGAACCUAACUAUUGAGAUGCUCACUCAGCUAGAGCUUCAAGUCGAUGGUAAUUUCAAUCAAAAUAUAAGCUUGAAGAAUUUUUCAGCUCCCAACCUUAGCACAUUAGACUUUCCUGCACUUCCGGUGCCAGACAACCAGAAUAAUCUGCCAAAAUAUUCUAGGGAGGAUCUCCAGCAAAGUUUCGCUCCCUAUCAAUCUUCUGAUAAGGAUAAUAUGCUUUUGUUCAGAGCCAGCUCCAUUCCAUCAAGAUCCGCUGUUGAUUUUGCUUCAAUUGUCAAGAAGGGAGUUCAAGACUCUGGCAUAUGGAAGUAUGAUAGAAAUGGCUCUGCAGAUGCAAACAUUGGCUCAAGUAGAAAUUCUUUAGUUUUGGGAAGCUCUUACAGCAGUGCAAAUGGAAGAGGCGUGUAUAGUGACAAGUUGCAAAGCCGUGGUUCAGCUCGAGCAGCUCCUACUUGGCUUGAAACAGGAGAUGCAGUUGGGAAUAUGUAUUCUGAGCUGCGGGAAGAAGCUCGUGACCAUGCACGCCUGCGUAAUGCUUACUUUGAACAGGCAAGGCAGGCAUACCUCAUUGGCAAUAAGGCUCUAGCAAAGGAACUAAGCAUAAAGGGGCAGCUGCACAACAUGCAUAUGAAGGCAGCUCAUGGAAAAGCUCAAGAAUCUAUAUACCGUCAGAGGAACCCAGUUGGUCUAGAGAUGCAGAGCAAUGGUAGAGGACAGGAGAGAAUGAUAGAUCUGCAUGGGCUGCAUGUUAAUGAAGCCAUACAUGUGCUGAAGCAUGAGCUGAGCGUGUUGAGGAGCAUGGCGAGGUCAGCAGAGCAGCAUCUGCAAGUAUACAUAUGUGUUGGGACGGGCCACCACACCAGGGGCUCACGCACCCCAGCCAGACUUCCAGUUGCUGUACAGCGUUAUCUACUUCAGGAGGAAGGCCUCGACUACACCGAGCCCCAGCCAGGGCUUCUUCGUGUUGUGCUAGCAAGGGCUCAAAUUAGCAUGAAUCAGAAAAUGUAUGAUGCAUGUUUGGGACACAGGUCCAGUUACUUAGUCGAUACUUGGACUUUGGAUUCGGCGUGCUCGUAUCUUAUGUGUCUAUACAGGGACUGGUUUGACUCCUAUGAACCAAUCUCUGGAGGGAUGGUGUUGAUGGAUAAUAAUGCUUCCUGUGGUCUUCUUGGUAUUGGAACGGUCAAAAUCAGGAUGUUUGAUGGUGUGGUUAGAACCAUCAGGGAUGUGAGGGAUGGUGUGCUGAAAGUGGCUAGAGGUUCGCUGGUAGUAAUGAAGGGUCAUCUGAGGAACAAUUUGUACACUCUAGUGGGUAGCACAGUGACAGAAGCUGCACAGGCAGAACUUACUGGGAGGAAAGUCUGGGUGUAUUUUCUGAAGCACAGGAGUGAGGAAUUCAGUAAGUUCAUGGAAUGGAAAACUCAGGCAGAGAAACAAACAUGGAAACAGGCAGAAGCAGUGAGUAUGGCAUGCUACUUGGAAAACAGGUCUCCUUCUACAGCUAUUGAUGCAAAGAUUCUUAAGGAAGUAUGGACAGAAAGAGUGAAAGGAUACCGGUUGUGGGACCCUAUGGCACGGAAGGUGGUCAUUAGCAGGGAUGUGAUCUUUGAUGAGGAAGUCAUGUUGAAGGAGAAUGUUGAUAACAAGGUGGAGUCUGAUUCAGCGGGAGUACCUAUUCAGGCUACAGUUCCUCAGGAAAUUUCUCAGACAGGUGAUAGACAUGAGCCUACAGGGCUAACCACCGACAGAGAAAGGAGGAAUGAAGCAUUUCAGAGUUCUGAACGAGAUAGUUGUCAUAGAGCCAUGGUUGAGAAGAUGGAGUCUCUUCAUAAGAAUAACACUUGGGUGUUAGUUCAGAAGCCUAAGGAUAGGAAGCUGAUUGGUUAUUAUUUGCAAAUCACCUGCUUGGGAGGUUGGGAGGGAAUCGAAGUUCAAAGUUUCAAACAAUGCGCGGCGGCAAUGCAAGUGCAGGUCAGCCUUCGAUCCUCAACCACUUCUCAAUCUCAUCCCCAUCUUCUCCUGAUCCUCCACUAUGGCUCCCGCUUCUCCUCUCUCUCCGCCGCCCCCCACCGCUCGUCGCCCUCCUCACCCUCGUCGUCUUCCUCCUCCAAAUGGUUCUCCAUCAUCCGUUCCGCCAUUUCCUCCAAGGACUUGCUUCUGGGCAAGCGCGCUCACGCUCGCAUCAUAUCGUCCGGCCAAAAUUCCGACCGCUUCCUCACCAACAAUCUCAUCACCAUGUACUCCAAAUGCGGUUCUCUAUCUUCCGCUCGCCACCUGUUCGAUAAAACUCCCGACCCAGAUCGAGACCUCGUCACCUGGAACUCUAUUCUAGCCGCCUAUGCCUCAGAGUCUGAGGAUGGUAGUACUCAGGAGGGUUUUCGCCUCUUCCGCCUUCUUCGAAGGUCCGUUGCAUUCACGAGUCGACUCACUUUAGCUCCCGUCCUGAAGCUGUGCCUGAAUUCUGGACGUUUAUGGGCGUCGAAGGCUGUUCACGGUUAUGCGAUUCAAAUUGGUUUGGAGUGGGAUUCUUUUGUUUGUGGGGCUCUAGUCAAUAUAUAUUCAAAAAUUGGUGAAGUCGGGGAUGCCCGUGUUCUGUUCGAGGAAAUGCCCGAGAGGGACAUUGUGUUGUGGAAUGUUAUGAUUAAGGCCUAUGUGCAAAUGGGUAUUGAGCGGGAAGCAUUUCUUCUCUUCUCGGAAUUUCAUCGGACUGGGUUACGUCCUGAUGCAGCGAGUGUCCGUUGUAUUCUUGGUGGAAUUUCUGAAGUUGAUUUGGAUGAUAGUAGGAGGCAUGUGCAGCAGGUUCAGGCCUACGCAACUAAAUUGUAUUUGUCUGAAGAUGAUUCAGAUGUAAUAUUGUGGAAUAAAGCCUUAUCCAAAUAUCUCCAAGCAGGUGAUAAUCAGGCUGCUGUUGAAAGCUUUGCGAAUUUGAGAAGAUCAAAUGUAGAUUAUGAUGAUGUGACGUUAGUUGUCAUUCUAGCUGUGGUUUUGGGUUCAGGUGAUCUAGAGUUGGGGCAACAGAUUCAUGGCUUGUCUCUGAAAUCAGGGUUUAACUCAGUUGUUUCUGUUGCAAAUAGUCUUAUCAACAUGUAUGCGAAGAUGGGUUGUGUUUAUUAUGCACAAAAAGUGUUCACUAACAUGGAAGAAUUGGAUUUAGUUUCAUGGAACUCUAUGAUAUCAAGCUGUGCACAGUGUGGAAUGGAAGAGUCUUCUUUGACCCUUUUUAUAAAUUUGUUACGUGAUGGCUUAAGGCCAGAUCAUUUUACAUUGGCGAGUGUUUUGAGGGCUUGUGCCUAUCUUAAAGAAAGCUUGCAUCUUGCUACCCAAAUACAUGUUCAUGCUCUAAAAAUAGGUGUCAUGGCUGGCAGUUUUGUUUCAACAGCGCUUAUUGAUGCUUAUUCUAAGAGUGGAAGCAUGGAAGAGGCAGAGUUUAUUUUUCAAACUAAAAGAGAAUUUGAUUUGGCCUCUUGGAAUGCAAUGAUGUUUGGCUACAUAAUGAGCAGUGACAAUUACAAAGCACUGGAGCUUUUCACCCUAAUGCACCAAAGUGGAGAGAUAUCAGAUGAGAUUACUUUAGCGACUGCAGCUAAAGCUUGUGGCUGCUUGGUAGGGUUGAAACAAGGGAAACAAAUUCAUGCCCAUGCGAUAAAAGUUGGUUUUGAUUCAGAUCUAUAUGUUAGUAGUGGUAUCCUAGAUGUUUAUACUAAAUGUGGAGAAAUGAAAAAUGCACAAUUUGUUUUUGAUGGUAUAUCUACACCUGAUGAUGUCGCAUGGACAGCUAUGAUUUCAGGAUACACAGAAAAUGGGGAUGAGGACCGUGCACUUUGGAUAUACCAUUUGAUGAGGAAGUCUGGGAUCUUACCCGAUGAGUAUACCUUUGCCACCCUUGUCAAAGCCUGCUCUUGCUUGACCGCUCUAGAACAAGGAAGACAAAUUCAUGCAAAUGUGAUCAAGUUGGAUUGUGCUUCAGAUCCUUUUGUUGGGACCUCACUCGUUGACAUGUAUGCCAAGUGUGGGAGUGUUGAAGAUUCAUACCAAUUAUUCAAGAGAAUGGAUGUGGAGAAUAUUGCCAUAUGGAAUGCCAUGUUGGUGGGUUUAGCCCAACACGGGAAUGGUGAAGAAGCCCUUGAACUUUUCAAAGAUAUGAGAUUUCAUGGAACUAAACCUGAUAGAGUUACUUUUAUUGGAGUCCUUUCAGCAUGUAGCCAUUCCGGCUUAAUUGAUGAAGCUUAUGCUUAUUUUCACUCAAUGCUCAAAAACUAUGGUGUUGAGCCAGGGAUUGAGCAUUAUUCUUGCUUAGUUGAUGCCCUUGGCCGUGCUGGGCGCGUUCGAGAAGCAGAGAAGCUGAUUGCAUCAAUGCCCUUUGAAGCUUCAGCAUCGAUGUAUAGAGCUCUGCUUGGUGCUUGUAGGGUUCAAGGGGAUGCAGAAAUAGGAAAACGGGUGGCAGCAAGGCUUGUGGCUUUGGAGCCUUUUGAUUCAUCAGCUUAUGUUCUUUUAUCUAAUAUCUAUGCUGCUGCCAACCGAUGGGAUGAUGUAACUGAUGCUAGAAAAAUGAUGAAGGUUAAGAAUGUAAAGAAAGACCCGGGGUUUAGUUGGAUAGAUGUAAAGAACAAGGUACAUUUGUUUGUGGUGGAUGACAGAUCCCAUCCACAAGCUAAUCUGAUAUAUGAUAAGGUUGAAGAUCUGAUAAAAAUUAUCAAAGAAGAAGGAUAUGUCCCUGAUACAGAUUUUGUGCUCCUUGAUGUGGAACAAGAGGAAAAAGAGCGUGCCUUGUAUUACCACAGUGAGAAGUUAGCAAUUGCAUAUGGACUUAUAAGCACUCCUCCGUCCUCAACAAUUCGGGUAAUAAAAAACCUCCGAGUUUGUGGGGAUUGUCACAAUGCAAUCAAGUAUAUAUCAAAGGUUUCUAGAAGGGAAAUUGUGUUGAGAGAUGCAAACCGUUUCCAUUGUUUCAGAGAUGGAAUCUGCUCUUGCGGCGAUUACUGGUAG